AGGCACAGGUUAUCCCUGCUCUUGUGUAACCUGUUGCAUAAAGCUGGCGUGGGCAGGAGUGCUGCCAGCAGUGGGGGCUAUAAAGUGGGUGCAGCGUCUCCUGCCCACAUCCACUCCAGAGUGAGGAUGGCAGCAGCACUGCCCAGCCUGGCUCUAGCCCUGCUCUGCCUGCUGCAGGCAGGAGCCCAGGUGCCCGUGCAGCCGGACCUGGACACCGAGAAGUUUGCAGGGGAGUGGCAUGUCACAGCCAUUGCUUCCAACUGCUCCGUCUUCCUGAAGAUGAAGGAUGGGAUGAAGUCAUCCAUGGCCAUCGUCAGCUUCACACCAGAAGGGGACCUGGCCAUGAAGUUGGUCUUACCCCUGAUGGACAAAUGCCAAGAGUUUGAGCUGCUCUUCCAGCAGAGUGGGCAGGCGGGGCGCUACAUGGGAGCACAAGAGAAGAGGAAUCUGUGUGUGAUGGAGACAGACUACAGCCACUACGCUGUCCUGCACGAGGUCCACAGCGAGACAGAGCCCAGCACGGCGCUGCAGCUCCUCAGUAUGUUGGGAGUGGGGACCUGGCUCCUGGAAAGGGAUGGGGGCACCAGCAGCAGGCAGGGACUGGGCUCCCCACCACUACCCAGGGCCACUACCAGCAGCACCCCAUGUCCAUCACCUAGGGAAUUAAUUUUGGGGUGAAUGAAACCUUGCACUAAAGUAAUCUCCAGCUGGUUGCGGGUUGAACCAGAGCCCCCUGCAGUGUGCAAGCCCAGCUGCAGCAUCCCAAGCCUGCCAGCCACCCCAAACCACCCCA